AUGGGGUCAAAAUCGUUUGGAAAUCUCUUGGACCUGGCCUCUGGAGAUCUUUUGGACAUUCCUCAAACCCCGAGGGCUCUUCCAAGAGUGAUGACUGCUCCUGGCAUCAUCUCUGACGUCGAUGGAUAUGGAAUUAGUGACGGUGAUUCAGCUGUCAUUUCAUUACCUUGCCGUGAGCGGAAAAUCAUUGUGGCCAACUUUCUUCCUUUAAAUGGUAAAAGGGAUUCAGAAACUGGAAAGUGGAAAUUCAGCCUGGACAAUGAUUCUCACCUGUUACAUCUAAAGGAUGGUUUUCCUCCAGAGACGGAAGUCAUUUAUGUUGGAUCACUCAAAACAGAUGUUGAUGUUAACGAGCAAGACUUGGUUUCCCAAGAACUUUUUGAGGAAUUCAAUUGCGUACCGACUUUCCUUCCACAAGAUGUGCAUAAAAAGUUCUACCUUGGGUUUUGUAAACAGCAAUUAUGGCCACUUUUCCACUACAUGUUACCCAUGUGCCCUGAUCAUGGUGAACGCUUUGAUCGUGAUCUAUGGCAGGCAUAUGUUUCUGCCAACAAAAUAUUUGCAGAUAAGGUAAUGGGUGUGAUUAAUCUUGAGGAAGAUUAUAUCUGGAUUCAUGACUAUCAUUUAAUGGUCCUCCCGACAUUUUUGAGAAGGCGAUUUCACAGGGUUAAGCUUGGUUUCUUCCUCCAUAGUCCAUUCCCUUCUUCAGAAAUUUAUCGAACCUUACCUGUUCGUGAGGAACUACUAAGGGGUCUCCUAAACUGUGACUUAAUUGGUUUUCACACCUUUGAUUAUGCACGACAUUUCCUGUCAUGCUGCUGUAGAAUGCUUGGAUUGGAAUAUGAAUCUAAGAGAGGGCAUAUUGCCCUUGACUACUUGGGCCGUACAGUUUUCCUGAAGAUUCUUCCUAUAGGCAUUCAUAUGGGAAGGUUGGAAUCCGUUCUGAAUCUUCCUUCUACAGCUGAAAAACUGAAAGAGAUCCAAGAAAAGUAUCGGGGUAAGAAGGUAAUUCUUGGUGUUGAUGACAUGGAUAUAUUCAAAGGUUUAAGUCUAAAAAUCUUGGCGUUCGAACACCUCCUACAGCAAUAUCCUAGCAUGCUAGGGAAAAUAGUUCUUGUUCAGAUCGUAAACCCAGCAAGAGGCUCAGGUAAAGACGUUCAAGAAGCAAAGAAAGAGACGUAUUAUACUGUUAAAAGAAUCAAUGAGCGUUAUGGUUCUCCUGGUUAUGAGCCUGUGGUUCUGAUUGAUCGUCCGGUUCCCCGGUUUGAGAAGUCUGCCUAUUAUGCCUUGGCAGAAUGCUGCAUAGUCAAUGCAGUGAGGGAUGGGAUGAACUUAGUUCCGUAUAAGUACACUGUUUGUCGGCAGGGAACUCCUAAUAUGGAUAAAUAUCUGGGACUAAGUGACGAUUCUCCUCGCACAAGCACACUUGUUCUGUCUGAGUUCAUCGGUUGCUCGCCUUCUUUAAGUGGCGCUAUUAGGGUUAAUCCCUGGGAUGUUGAUGCGGUAGCUGAUUCAAUAUAUUCUGCUGUCAAAAUGUCUGAUUUUGAGAAGCAACUACGACAUAAAAAGCACUAUCACUACAUUAGUUCACAUGAUGUGGCGUAUUGGUCCCGCAGCUUUUCGCAGGAUUUGGAGAGGGCAUCACGAGAUCAUUACAAUAAACGGUGCUGGGGUGUGGGUUGGGGUUUGGGUUUUAGGCUCGUCGCUCUCUCUCCUAAUUUCAGAAGGCUAUCCAUUGAGCAAACUGUUAGUGCUUACAGAAGAUCGAGCAAGAGAGCUAUAUUUCUUGAUUAUGACGGUACUCUAGUUCCCGAGACCUCGAUCGUAAAGGAGCCAAGUGCAGAAGUUAUGUCUGCGUUGAAGACACUGUGUAGUGAUCCUAAUAACACUAUAUUUAUUGUUAGCGGGAGAGGGAGAGUUUCGUUGAGCGAGUGGCUUGCACCGUGUGAGAAUCUUGGAAUAGCGGCUGAACAUGGUUACUUCACAAGGUGGAAUAAGUCUUCUGAUUGGGAAACUAGUGGCUUAUCUGAUGACCUUGAAUGGAAGAAAAUUGUGGAACCUAUUAUGAGACUAUAUACAGAGACUACCGAUGGAUCCAAUAUAGAAGCGAAAGAAAGCGCUGUGGUGUGGCACCACCAAGAUGCGGAUCCAGACUUUGGUUCUUGUCAAGCAAAGGAGCUACUGGACCAUCUAGAAACUGUUCUUGUGAAUGAACCGGUUGUUGUUCACAGAGGCCACCAAAUCGUUGAAGUUAAGCCUCAGGGAGUAAGCAAAGGUCUUGUCACCGGGAAAGUUCUUAGCAGAAUGGUUGAUGAAGGGAAGGCACCGGAUUUUGUGUUAUGCAUUGGAGACGACAGGUCAGACGAGGAGAUGUUUGAAAGCAUAAUAACAACCCUAUCGCCUCAGUCAUCGUCAGUUUCUACAGAGAUAUUCGCGUGUACGGUGGGAAGAAAACCGAGCAAAGCCAAGUACUUCCUUGAUGAAGUAAGCGACGUAGUGAAGUUGCUUCAAGGACUUGCCAACACUUCGAGCCCAAAGCCUAGGUUCCCUUCUCACCUCAGAGUCUCCUUCGAAAGCGUGGUUUGA